AAAUUAUUACAACAAUGGAAGACAAUGAAGACGAAGGGUUCUCCAUAGGAAUAGUUGACACAUUCCCGUUAUUCCCAAAAUCAUCGAGAUCAGUGAAGAGCCUUCACUCAGUCGAUAGAGGAAAAUAUAGAAGAUCAGUUGGUGAAGAGAUACUUAAAGGUGAUAAAUACUCUGAAAGAUAUCACAAACUAAAAUAAAUCCAGAGUUCCGUUCCUUGCAGAUGAACCUCAAAGAGCCAAUCCUUUAGAGUAUAAGCAUUUAAGACCUGUGCUUGAUGGAAAACUUAAGAUUCCUUAUUGAACAAAGACCGAGUUUGAUAGAAGAGUUCAUGGAGAAAUUGCAGAAAAGGAAACAAGAGUUAAAGGAAUUUUCUCAAAAUAUGACACGGACCCAAGGAACAAAUUAUUACAAAACCUAGAAACUAUAAAAGCCAAGCAUGAAGAAGGUACUAGAGUCUCGAAAGACUUUUUGAACAUCUAUAAAGAUGUUGAACAUCAUAUUCUUUAUAAUAAAAAACCACUAAAACAAUUCAGAGAUGUAAAUGUGAAAUACUACGAUGAUAACAAGUCCAACGAAGUUUUUACAAACACUCAUGCAAAGGGUGUAAUAGUGCCUCCAGGGAACCCGUUCUACGGUGGAUUUCCAGCAUAUCUCCGAUAUCCUAAUAAUGACUAAACUACCUAUAAUUCCAUUCACUCUG